AUGCUGGCGGUCAUUCGCCACUUCCACGAGGGCAUGAGGGCGCGCGUCCGAACGGACGACGGGCAGUACUCGGAAUGGUUCGACGUGGGCCAAGGCCUCCGACAGGGAUGCAACCUCGCCCCCCUGCUGUUCAACUUGUUCUUUGCCGCGAUGCUCAUGGUCGCCGUGGCCGAGUUCGACAAGGACCCCAAGGUGACGGCGGACAUGGUCAAGAUCGGGACACAAGUGGAGUACACGGGCAAGAAGGGCAGGUCGGCGGGGAGGAAGACGACGGUGGUGACGGACGCGGAGGCCUUGUGGGCCAUGCUCUACGCUGACGACGCGGCCAUCGUCUCGCGCUCGCCGGAGAGUCUCGAGAAGAUGAUGUCGGUCAUCGUGCGCGUGGCCGGCCUGUUCGGACUGAUGGUGUCGGAGCCAAAGACGGAGAUCAUGUGCAUGCUGCCAAAAGGGAUCGAGGAACACCCGUUCACGGUCAGCGCCGCCGGCCAGACGUACAAGCAGACAGAUCGGUUUGUGUACCUCGGACGUACCAUCUCCGCGGACGGGAAGGCCGACCGGAAGAUCACGAGCCGCAGCUACCGAGCGUGGAAGUGCUACCGCCGGAACAGUGCUUCGAUGUACGACAGGCGACGGGCCGACCGCCAGCUCAAGAUCCGGCUUCUCCAGGCUGAAGUGGUGGAGACUCUCCUGUAUGGGUGCGCCUCGUGGAGCCUAACAGCGGAGCACUACACGAAGCUCAAUGGGACCCACCGCCAGUUCCUCACACGGUGCAUCGGCUGGAGCAAGCGGAAACGCUCAGACCGCCCCCUGUCCUAUGCCCAGGCCCUCAUCCAGGCAGGCUGCGAGGAAACCAUCGAGGCCACCGUGCGCAAACGGAGACUGUGUUUCGCGGGCUUCGUUAUGCGCAUGGAGGACAGCCGCCUCCCCAAGCGCAUGCUGUUAGGAGCGAUGGCGGGGGGCGUGGGAUACCGGGGCGGGCAGGAGCGCGACUGGGUGUCUCGUCUAGGAGAGGACCUCUUCCUUCAACAUGGGAGACGAAAAGGAAGCGGGCAAAUGGAAAGAGCGCGCUCAGGACCCGGAGGUGUGGACCGAAGAGAAAAAGAGUCGGGGAAGCGGCCCCGGAGAUCCCUGCUCUCAAUGAUGUCCAUGACAGCCUCGAUCGUGGGAGGUACCAUGCUGAGCAACUCGCCGUUCUCCGCCGUCGGCAAGCCACUGUUGACCGCCCGGCCUCCCGCGCCGCCACCGCCGCCGCCGCCGCCGCCAUCGCUUCCCCCGGUGCCCGAGAUACUGCUGGCAAAAAUUGCGGCCGCGAGGUUGGCCUCCUCGUCGUACCUCUCGUCUCCCGGCCGCAGGACGCUGCCCCCGGCCGAUCGAAAGCGCCCUCCUCUUGUGCAAACCGUGCUACGAGAUCCUCAAAAGGCCUCUCUCUAG